UCUCCAAACCUGGCAUUUGCCUGAGGCGACCACGGUACCUCCAGCCCCUGUCAAGCUUCCCUGCGAGACUCUUGUCGAUUUGCCGAUUUGCCGAGCCAUGCUCGGGAGGCAGCGCAUCUGGUGGCACCUGCUGCCUUUGCUUUUCCUCCCAUUUUGCCUGUGUCAAGAUGAAUACAUGGAGGUGAGCAGAAGAGCUAAUAAAGCGGUGGCCAGGAUAGUGCAGAGCCACCAGCAGACUGGCCGUAGCGGCUCCAGGAGGGAGAAAGUGAGAGAGCAGAGCCAAGCUAAAACUGGGACUGUGGAUAAUAACACUUCUACAGACCUAAAACCCCUGAGACCAGAGGCGCUUCCGCACCCUGAGGUAGAGGACCUAGCCCAGAUCAACCCAUUCUGGGGCCAGUCUCCACAAGCUGGAGGACUGCCCCCAGACUGCAGCAAGUGUUGCCAUGGAGAUUAUGGAUUUCGUGGUUACCAAGGGCCCCCUGGACCUCCAGGUCCUCCUGGCAUUCCAGGAAACCAUGGAAACAAUGGGAACAAUGGAGCUACUGGCCAUGAAGGGGCCAAAGGUGAGAAAGGAGACAAAGGCGACCUAGGCCCUCGAGGAGAACGGGGGCAGCAUGGCCCCAAAGGAGAGAAAGGCUACCCAGGGGUGCCACCAGAACUGCAGAUUGCAUUCAUGGCUUCUCUAGCAACUCACUUCAGCAAUCAGAACAGUGGCAUUAUCUUCAGCAGUGUUGAGACCAACAUUGGAAACUUCUUCGAUGUCAUGACUGGGAGAUUUGGGGCCCCCGUAUCAGGUGUGUAUUUCUUCACCUUCAGCAUGAUGAAGCAUGAGGACGUAGAGGAAGUGUAUGUGUACCUUAUGCACAACGGCAACACAGUCUUCAGCAUGUACAGCUAUGAAACAAAGGGAAAAUCAGAUACAUCCAGCAACCAUGCAGUGCUGAAGUUGGCCAAAGGAGAUGAAGUCUGGCUAAGAAUGGGCAACGGUGCCCUCCACGGGGACCACCAGCGCUUCUCCACCUUCGCAGGCUUUCUGCUCUUUGAAACUAAGUGACAAGGAAGACAGGAUAUCUCCACUUUGGGGGCAAUUUAUAGCUGAGCUAGGGUUGUUAGGAUAUGAAGGAUGUUGAAGUCGGGGGUUCUUUAUGGAGCAUUUAAGUGUUGCAUUGGUCACACUGCUACUCAUUCUAAUGGCAUACCAAUAAUGUUGGAUGCUUCAGGGGCUCACUGCUACUCAUUCUAAUGGCAUACCAAUAAUGUUGGAUGCUUCAGGGGCUCACUGCUACUCAUUCUAAUGGCAUACCAAUAAUGUUGGAUGCUUCAGGGGCUAAGAAUAGACCACAAGGUAAUCUUUCCAGAUGACCUUGGGAAAUACUCAGCAUUUUCAUCACUCUUCUCUACAUGUCUAAAGGGAUUGCCACCUGAUACAGGCUGGAAAAAAAGCACUCACCUCAAAGGAUGCAUUUGCAUAGAGUUUUGGUGCUCUGUUUAAAUGUAAUAUUGGCUUUCGAGUCAACCAAGUUUUCAGCUCAUUGUUCAUAAUAUUUCAGAGACUAGCCUGAUUAUGAUGGGGCAAAAAUAAGCCCACUUACUAGACUCUACAUAGGAAAAACACUUCUGAAGUCUAAACUGGGAAAUAGCAUUUGGUUUAGUGGGUUUUAUUCUUAUACUCAUUAAUAAAAUACAUUUAGUCAUUUCAGGUAACCUUCAGAUAGGGCAAUUAUUUACAAUGCUCACAAAUAAUUGGCUCCUCUUUUAAAACAAACAAACAACCCCAUGUAGAUAAUAUUGAGUUCUACUGGCUUAGACUUGCAGAUAUAAACUUUUCUCCCAUCUGGCUUGCCACAUCUUCUCUUUGCCAUUGCAUUCCUGGGGCUGUGGUAGAGCUCUCUUGACUCUGUACAACAAGCUGAGGUAAGAUGAGGCUGAUAUAGUACAGAAGUUAUCACAUUUUUUUUAAUUUGGGAAUUAUACCCAAAUUUUUAUAUACACCGUGUUAUAUUGAAUGGUCUGUAAACUUAAUUAAAUACAGGCAGACAAAUGGAUGCAAAGUAAAGUGUAUUCCAUUUAUGAGAUCCAUAACAACAUGUCUUAAAUGUUUUCAAUAAAAAUGAUAUUAUUUUCUCUAUUAUCAUACUUGACUAAUGUUCACAAAUCAACUUUAAUAUGCCACAGUGUUAUAGAAGGUGCUAGAUGGUUUUUGCCUAGCUUUCCCCAUCCCAGAAUCUAUAAAGAAAAAGGAUUAAAUUUGCCACCAAAACACCAUUAUGCUACCUGCUAUAAGUUGACACAGAUAGUAACAUAAUUUGGGGGCUGGAGAAGCGGUUCUGCGGUUAAGAACACUGGCUGUUUCCCAGAGGACUGACUUUUGCUGCCCAGCGUUCACGUGUCACCUUACAGCCAUCUUGCCCUCAGAUACAACACCCUCUUCUGGCCUCUGCAGGCACCAGGCAUGCCUACACUGCACAGACACACAUGCAGGCAAAAAACUCGUACCAAUUACAAAAUAAAAUUUAAAAAUUUAAAGCUUCUUACUUAUUU